AUGUUGGUGUCAUUUGAAGACCUGGCUGUGGACAUCACUCAGGAGGAGUGGCAGCACCUGGACAGUUCUCAGAAGACCCUGUACAAAGAUGUGAUGAUGGAGAUUUACAACAGCCUGUUGUUUUUGGGGUACUGCAAAAGCAAACCUGAGGUGAUCUUCAAGUUGGAACAGGGAGCAGAAUCAUGGACAGUGACAAAACCCCUAAAUCGUAGCCUGUCAGGAGGCCUGAUGAGAUGCAAUCUGCAGAGAAAUCUGAUGGCACUAGUGUACUUGGCAACUCAAGUGAAUGCUGGGAGCCUAUCAGUCAGCCUCACAAGAUUCAGACUUUUCAGCAGGUGUUUGAACACAAGAAUUCACAUAGGGCAGAAACCUUAUGAAUAUAAGCAAUGUGGAAAAGCCUUUAUCCAAAAGUCAAAUCUCACUUCACAUCAGAAGAUUUACAUAAAUGAGAAACCUUAUGGAUGUGAAAUGUGCGGAAAAACCUUUCGCUGGAAGUCAAACCUCACUACACAUCAGGGAAUUCACACAGGGGAUAAGCCUUUUGAAUGUAAUACAUGUGAAAAAGCCUUUUGCCGAAAAUCACAACUCAUUGUACAUCAGAAGAUCCACAAAAGGGAGAAAACUUAUGAAUGUAGUACCUGUGGAAAAUUCUUUUUCCAGAAGUCACAACUCACUCUGCAUAAGAGGGAGAAGAUUUAUGAAUGCAAAAUGUGUGGAAAACCCUUUUGCUGGAAGUCACAACUCUUUACCCAUCAGAGAAUGCAUAGAUCAGAGAAAAUUUAUGAAUUCAAUGCCUGUGGAAAAGUCUUUUACUUUAGAGUUUUCCUGAGAUUUCUAGAGUUUGUAGCAGCACUUUGUAAAGUAUAA